AUGUCGGCAACAACGACCACGACUACUCACCUUCCUCCCCCGAAGCCAAAUCACGCUUUUACACGAAAGCCAGAGUCCAAAGUCGGGCAAUUCUUUUGGCGCCGUCGGAUGUGGUUCGAGUCGACAUUUGUCCUUUCCAUGCUCGAACCUUGGGAGAAAAUUCUUCUACGGUACCAUGCUUUAACUGAUUCGUCGAACAAUGUAGUGUCGGUAUUGGCACUGUUGUUCCUAUUGCUCUCCUCUGCCAUCCUCAAAUACAUGCCACACCACCUGUUGUUCCUACGAAGGCGUGCAAUGUACUAUUUAUGGGGUCAGGAAGGGGAUGAAAGGAUUUUAUGGCAGUGGUUAGGAUUGACCGCUAAUGAAGGGAGCUCUGCCGUGGCAGGCGUGUUCGGUGCACAUAAAGAGCUAUGA